CGCCGAGCGUUUUAUUUGUGAUUUUAGCACGGCGCUGCGAGGUUCACGUCGCUCAUUCGCUCCGUGCUCGCCUGCCAGCUCCAAUUCGAAACGACGUAAACCCAGCCGUUUGCCAGCGCGCGUAAUUCAAAGUUAUCAAAUCGAAACACUGUUUUUCCGGAAAAAGUGCAGACCGUUAAAAGUGUGAAGUACAACCAACUGAGAGUUAAUAUUAAAAAAUAGUGACCUCAUUCAAGUUGGAGAACAAAACAGAUAGUGCCAGCCAUGUCGUCCAAGUACUGUGAUGCCGCUUUGGGCCGCUCCUACGCCUGCUCGUCCCGCUUUCCUUCGGGACACCUGCUGGCCGCCCUCUGAUCGCCCACGCCGCCCAGUAACUGACUGACAGGGAUCAUACUACCGCCCUGAACAUAAACUCCAUCGCGAUACCUUUUUUUUCGUUUUCCAUAUUUGGAUAUAAACGUUGUGAAACUGAGAACGGCCCAGCCGAAAAUGUGCACUGAGGUGAAUUCCGCGAUGGGUCUUCAAGCAACAGCCGCUACCAAGCGGAAGCAUGAGCUGACCUUCGACAGCAAGGAUGCCAACACCACCUACACGGGCAACUGUGCCCCGCCCCCCGUCAAGGCCAACAAGUGGGCCAUCAGCAACAACAACUACCUAGAAUCGCUCGAGGACCAGCAGCAGCAGCAGCCGCAGCAGCCGCAGCAGCAACAACAGCAGCAACAGCAGCAACAAUCGACAACGGAGCCAGCUAUCGAGUCCAACAACAACCACAUUGUGUUGGAUGCAUCGAUGGAUGCGAUGAAGCCAACGGAGCCCAGUAUUAGCAAUGGUCAUGAAGUUACUACCCUGAAGAGUCAAGCGGAGGUGCCGCUGCCGCCGACGGCAAGUGCGGCGAUUCCGGAGGACAGCAUCGCGCGGCUGGAAGUGGUGGCCGCCUCUGCCGUGCCCUGUGAGCCCUGGACGGGCAAUGGGUCCACGACUCCCUCGGCGGUGGCCGGAACCGCCAGUGGAUCCGCCAACGAACCCGUCGACUGCAUCUCCAAGCUACAGGCCGUGGCCGUGCCCAGUGAUCCUUGGGGCAGCAUUGCCACCCGAUCCACGCUGGCCACCACUCUCCUCAGCGCCGAUGAGCUGGACGACGACGAUGAUGACUUCGAGGACGACUACGAGGAGGAGGAGAGCAUCAUCCCCACCUACUGUCCCAUGCGCUAUCAUCCCUUUGUGCCGCACCCGCACCCCCAUCCGCACCAGCUGCCGCCCCAUCCCCACCAGCAGCAGCAACAGCAACAGCAGCAGCAGCUGUCCCAGCAGCAACCACAUCCCCAGCAGCAGCAGCAGCAGCAACAACAACUCGCCCAGCAACAGCAUCCGCAGCAGCAAAGGAGCUAUGCCCCGGGCUAUGGCAACAGGCAGCCCAACUACUACUCGGAGCCAUUCCCGCAGCAGAAUUGCUCGCGGACCGGAGGACCACAGCACAUGACGCAGUCGCCGCCGACGCCGCAACAGGCGCGUGGUUUUGCACCACCCCAGUGGGCGACGGCGGGCAGCAGUCCGGCCAAUCCCUCUUCGGUGGGAGUGGGCGCCCAGCAGUUCUACGAGGCGACCAACGGAGGAGCCUAUGCCCCGUCAGCGGCGCCACAGCAGACGAUACGUUGUGCGGAGAACGGCAAGUCCUAUAUGGAUCUGGGCUGCAGCAGUGGGGCAUCCGGUGCGGCCGGAGCUUCGCCCAUCAGUCCGCCGCCCUCGUCGGCGCCCGUCGUUCCGUUCGCCGGCCUGCCCUUGCAUGGCCUGCCCCUUAAGCGCUGCUGCGAUGGCCGAGCCGGUGGCUGGUGCAGUGCCAACAGGAGCUGCUACAAGGACACGCGGCUGAAGAUACGCAAUCUGUCCAUGUUCAAGCUCUCCCGCUUUCGGCAGGUGUCCGAGCAGUCGCUGUACCGCUCCGUGCUCAUCUGCAACACCUUGAAGCGGAUCGAUCGCGAGAUCGAGGCGGAGGCCAAGGAGUUGCACCACGCGGCACAGCAGCAUCACCAGCAGGCGGCGGCAGCAGCAGCUGCAGCAGCAGCGGCAGCAGCACAAGCGGCGCAAUACCACCCAGCUUACCAGCAGCAGCAACAGCAACAGCAACAACAGCAGCAGCAGCAGCAAUCCCCGCCAGCGCCACUCCAUCCACAUCCCCAGCAGCAGCAACAGCAGCAGCAGAUGGACUAUGCGCCCGUUUUGAACUGUGCCCGUUUGGCCAACAUGGACCACUACCAGCAACUGAGUUUCCAGCCCCAGCAGCAACAGCAACAGCCACCCAGCCAACCGCAUGGCUACCAUGAGCGUUUGGAGAGCCAGCCCGCCUACAGGGGCGUGGCAGUGGCAUCGGGAGCGGGCGGCUUCAGCACGCAGCCCAGCAACUGUGAUACAUCGGCGGGGGCAAGCAGCAAUGCCAGCGGCAACAGCAACAACUCCCCAGCGACAGCAGCAACGGCAACGAACGGCAGCAGUAGUUUGCAUCCCUACGAUCACUACCCCUUUCGGGAGCUGCAGUCGGGUCGAGCCACGCCCUUUCCCGCCUGCCCCACCACAACAGCAGCAGCGGCAGCAGCUUCGGCGGCAGCAGCAGUAGCAAGCGGAGGAGAUGCAGCAGCAGCCAGCCUGAGCAACAACAGCAACAUCAGCAGCAGUUCCCCCGCCACCAGCAGCAGCAGCAGCAGCAGCAAUAAUACCAGUUCCUCCUCGCCGGUGAUGAGCAGCAGCAGCAGCAACAGCAGUGGGAACACGUCGAGUGCCAGCAGUGCCAGCACGCCAGUUGCCCCUGCCGCCAGCAGCAAUAACUGCGAUACCAGCGAUUCGGGCUAUGCGGACGACGACUCCACGCGAUCCAUCAACUGGAGCUCGGUGCUCAGCCUGAGUUCGCAAUCGGCGCUGGAUCCGCUGAACAACAGCGAUCUGUUUAGCAUACUGCCGGCGGCGGCCACGCCCACAGCGGUGCCGGUUUCAGUGCCGGCAGCAGCCAGCAGUUCAAGCUCAUCCGCGGGAUCGACCCUGGCCUUCAGCGGCAGCUUCACCACCGUGCAGGCGAACAGCAGCAGCAGCAGCAGCUCUUGCGGCGGCAGCAGCAGUUCCACCACCGCCACCUUCACCACCCUGUCCACCAUCUCGUCGGCCACCCACUCGCUGACCUCGUCGUAUGUGAGCAGCAUCAGCUCGAAUGUGUCGGCGGGCGCCAAUACCUGGGAGUACGGAUUCCUGGACAUGGAGUUCGGCCUGGGGUCGGAGUUCACCGAGCUGGUGCCCAGCUGCAAGCUCAGCUCCGAGGAUCUGUUCAAGAGCGGCCUGGGCGGCCAGGUGGUGGCCGCCUCCCGCUUGCACGACAACGAGCUGGAGCAGCCGGCCCACAUCAUGGUCGGCAGUUAGUAUCAGUUGUAGACGACGGAUCCCCAGCGGAGGGCGGCGUGCUGGUCGCGUCGCCUGCUGGCGCCCACUAGCAAUUCCAAGCAGUAUUGAGUCGACGAAACGAGGGAGGGAAACGGGGGAUCUUAAAUGCUAAUUAUGCUCAGGUUGUGAACGUGCAUGAAUGAAUUAACAUACAUACAUAUGUCCCUAAUCCUUGGUCCUAUUCCCCCACACAAGCAAUCGAGGACACACAAAUUAAUUGCAAUCUAUAAGGAAAUCCGUAACUUAGUGAGAGAUCGAAGAAAA